ACCUUUACUCCACACACAGAGCGCUGCACAUAGGACAAAGAGCCAGGACAGUGUUAGGGAGACCGAUAUGAUUCUAGAUAACUAUGGUCCUGAAAGCCAGGGCUGAACUAUUGGGAGAAGAAGAGAAGAUAAUUGGCAUAUAAACUCUGGUAUAUAUUCUCUAAUCUCUCCCUCUCUCUGUCUCUCUCUCUCUCUCUCUCUCUCUCUCUCUGUCUCUCUCUCUCUCUCACACACACACACACACACACACACACACACUCACACUCACACACACUCACACAUCCACAUACAGUAUGAGAUGUGCCUUAGUGACAGCCUCAUGUGACAUACAGUGUUCUUCUUCAGUUACUGGCACAUACACAUGUAAAAACAGAAACCUAUGCGUAGUCUUCCACAGCUUGUGUCUCUCACAAUUGCACACACACUUACACAGCAAGACAGAUGUGUGGAAAUACAGGCAAAGGAGCGUCGUACUGCAGGGAGCAAAUGAGACACAGACACAGUCAACUACGCUUCUAUGGGAAGAUGUCCCCAGUGCUUUUGAUGGUGAUUCUGGCCAGGACAAUGAUUGCAGUCAGCAGUAGCCCUGAAAACUCACUGAAAACGCAGCUGUUGCCAGACACAGCAGAGAGGUGUGUUGUGGAUUUGAAGGACCCCCGGCCCCGUGUGUUUCAGACCUCAGAGACAGUGUUCCAGCUACUGAACAUGUCUUGCAGUUACUCGCAAGCUUGGAGUUACUGUCAAAGACACUUUAGUUCCCUCACUGUUCCGGGUCUGGAGGAUGAUGAAGAGGGAUCGAAACAGCUCCUCACCGAUGCCAACAUGCAUCGGCCCAUUUGGGUCAGCACUACCAACAGACUCGCCCCAACACCCCCUCUGAGUGUUGUUUCGUCAGGUUUAUAUUUCCCUGUUGAGUCUCAGGAUGGCUAUGCUCGCGUGGAGGCCUCAUUCCCAUCACUGCCUUCUGUGAGCGUGUGCGUGCGCGCGCAGUUUGACCCUCAGCACAAGAAGGUGUCCACGCUGUUUUCAUACGCAGCACCUGUUUUUACGAAUGAAUUCCAGCUUCGUGGCUACGUGGAUAAGGUGAAACCGCAGGUACUGCUGGCUCUCAUAGUCCACGGAAAACACCACUCUUACAAAGCUUGGUUUACUAAUGACGCGAAUUGGCAUCACAUUUGUGUGACGUGGCAGAAAAGUGAUGGAUUUUGGGCUAUUUAUGUGGAUGGUGUGCGACGUGAUUCGGCCGCUGGAAAAGAGGUAUCCCGGAAUAUUUAUGGAAACGGGAUACUUAUUCUGGGACAGGACCAGGAUUCCUUCGGGGGGAAUUUCACAGAACCAUUUGUUGGCAACAUAACGGACCUAAAUAUUUGGGAUAUAUCGCUGGAUGAGACCCAGAUUCGGACGAUUCACGACUGUUCACCGGCCUUGAAACGGAAGCCAUUCUUUAACUGGUUAGACCGUAACCUGACUAUCCAUGCUGUGAAGGAAGUACCAGCGAAAAUGUUCUGUCCGGGACUGCAAAGACAGCCAUCCAGAGAAGAUGAGUACUGCAGGACUCUGUACGGCUGGAAAGGUGAUGAGGCGCAAUACAAAACCAUCUCGUGUUCACAGACUUGGCCCUUCAUCUGCAAAACCAGGAAAGAGCGUUACGAGAAAAAGAAGGAGCUGGAGGAAUCUCAGAACACUCAUCCGAGUCCCUUCAUGCAACAUCUCAUAAACAAUGGCAUGAGCACCGGCGACGUCCUUGACCCGUCCGACCCCGACGAGAGCUGGGAUGUCUCCUUGCAAUUGCUCAACGUCUCCGAGCGCUACCUGCGGGAGUCACUGGAACACCUGGAGAGCAGGGACAUGCCAACUCUGGUGCAAAUGCUCUCCCGUGUGGCUGAUUUGCCCCCUGCUGCCAACAAGAGUUGCAGCGCUGCACACGCUUUGAGCCAGAGCUUUGUCAGUCUGGUGGAUGCGCUCAUCAGCCAAGGGACUGCAUCCCAGUGGCAAGCUGUCAAAGAGGUUGUGAGUGGACCAAUGACGGUGGUGCAGACCCUUGACCGCAUGGUGACCAAGAUGAGUCCUCUGCUCCUGGAGGAUAAACACAGUGUGCAAAUACACUGCAACAACAUCAGAUUGCAGGUCCAACAGAAGAAUGUGUCAGAAACCUCCGGAGGAUCCAAGUUCUGUGGUUCAGAUGCCAGCCACACCAGCCUGGACUGCAUCUCUAUCCUGCCGCAGAGUAUGCAGGACCUCCAUUACAAUGGCUUCAGGAAAGUGACUCUAUUGAACACGUGGUACAACUCUUUGACGCCGCUUAUGAAUGGAUCAAAGAAUGUCACGGUCCCGCCCACCAUCACGGAUGGCUCCCUGAAGUUCGUGGAGACAGUGCUGGGGUCCACGGUCAUCUCCAGCGUGGUGGUGGGGGACGGUCAGCGCAUCAGCCUGGGUGUGCAGUUCACACUGCAACACCAAAUUCAGAACACUUCAGGAGUGUAUUAUAAUCCAGUCUGUGCAUUCUGGGAUUUUACCCUCAUGCCACAGGAUGGAGGAGGAUGGUCCACUGUUGGUUGUGAGGUCGUUUCCUUUCAAAAAGAAUCUACUACCUGUUACUGUAACCACACCACCAACUUUGCUCUGCUUCUGCAGAUAUAUGAUGUACAAUUCAGCCCGGAGAAUGACAAAGGCCUACAGAUUCUUAGUUUCAUUGGCUGUGGAGCAUCUCUGUGUGGCUUGAGUUUCACGUUGAUUAUUUUCAUCGCUGUUGGUGUUCCAAAGUCAGAUCGCACCACAGUACAUAAGAAUCUAAUAGUCGCUUUGGCUGCAGCUCAGUUACUGCUGAUCUUAAGUUACUGGGCCACUGCUAACCAGGAGAUAUGUUUGUUGGUGACGGUGCUCCUCCACCUGUUUUUCCUCUCCUCCUUCUGCUGGAUGCUGGUGGAGGGGCUGCUGCUCUGGAGCAAAGUCGUCUCCGUCAAUGUUAACGAGGACAGGAGGAUGAGAUUCUACUACAUCUUAGGCUGGGGUCUGCCUGUUGUCAUAGUUGCUGUAACCUUGACGGUCUCCCUGAAUAGGUACAAGGCUGAGAAGUACUGCUGGCUCAACACUGAGUCUAAUAUCAUCUGGGCUUUUGUAGGGCCCGUGCUGUUUGUGCUGGCGGUCAACUCCGUGGUGUUGUGUCGGGUCGUCAUGGUGACCAUCUCCAGUGCCUGUCGCCGGGCAAAGAUGCACGCGCCCAGCUCGGCUUCGAAACCCCGUCCUCUGGACCUGACCUGGGCAGCAACGCGGCCCGUGUUGAUCCUGUUACCGGUUCUGGGACUUACCUGGCUGUGUGGAAUACUGGUGCACCUUUCCGUGGUUCUGGCCUACCUGUUCAUUGUACUCAAUGCCUUUCAGGGCAUGUACAUAUUUUUUGUCUAUGCAGUUUACAGUAGUGAGGUGCAAACUGCCAUAAAAAGAAUUCAGGAGAAGAGGAAAGCGCUGUCCUUUAGUAAUUGUUCUCACCCAAUCAGUUCAUCUCAAAAGACUCCUGGUGUAUCGUGGGUAGAGAGUCUACCGCCACCUUCGAGCCCAGACAGCAGUAGCUUUAGCAAUAUCACCAGCUCCACAGCCAGCUCCCUCAUGUUUAAGAACGAAAGUUUCAUCAAUGACAGCUUGGUAAACUUCUCAAUAAAGCCAGCUUCAGGAAAUCAGGUGGUUCAGCUGAUGGCAUUCAAACCCUCAGCCUGUUGAAGAGAGGCCACUAUUGGAAUACACUGGCAUACCUCAAGUGGACACGCACACGGACACACACAGAUACAUACUUACCCUCUCUGUCUGCACCCCAUACACCUUCCUCCUCCCAAAGUUGGAGCGACACGGUGCUGGUGCUCGGGGCGAGUCUCGUCUCGCCACGGCGGUAACGGGACCGGCGCCUGAGUGAAGUAGCUCGAGCCACCCCACACCGUCCCUCCCCUCUCUUACGGCUCAUUUGCCUGAAACUGCUAAACGCAAGCCCGGUGGCAGGCCGCCACACCCACCGCACAUGCCGCUUUGACCAGACGGCGCUUUCGCUGUCGAAGAGGAUUUAACUGUGGAUGUAACUGGGUAGCUAACGUAGAUGCAGUUUGCUGAAAACUAAGUGCUGUGAACGCAACACCUAUCAGUCUGCUGCCUAGCAGCGUGGACGGAUUUUGCCUGUGUGUUGUGCAAAAGACAUUUUUAAAACGACACGCUCCAGUCUUGGUGGGCCUAUAUGAAGUAGACUAAUUUUUGCAUUGAACGUGAGGAUGGAAUAGACGAUGUGGAUUAGUGAGGUGUAGUUAAAAGUAGCUGUGUAGCGUUUGUGUUAGUUUUCCUUAAAAAAAGGGGGGGGGGGGGGAUAUUGACAUUUAAUGGAGAUAUGUGCAUUUGUUUUCCAUGCCAAAAAAAUGAUCAUCAUUCAUUUUUUGACAAUAAUGAUAAUCAUAAAUAAAACUGCUACAAAACUUCCACAUCUUCUAGUAGUAAAAAUGAUAAUAAUAAUAAUAAUAAUAAUACAGCAAUGUAUGUAGCUGCAGAGCAGAUUCUUUUGUGAAUGAUGCAGCAUAAAGUCAAUUUCUAAAACCUAA